CAUCGUGGUGGAAGUAACUCUCGCAUCCAGUACCACUCCCCGCCUCCGCCCCCGACCAUGGCAGCCUCCACGCCGCCGUCAUAACUAACAGCCACCCGCCCAACCUACCCGGAAACCCAGCCGCCCCGCACUGGCCCCGCUCCGCCCCGGGAUCGCGCGGAUCAGAUGCUAUCCCUGGGCGCCCUCCGCAAGCUCUGCGCCGCCUUCGACGCCGUCGCGCUCACCAUCAUCGCCGCCGGCCUCUCCCACCCCCGCUGCCGCCCCUUCUCCGCGCGCGCGGGCGGGCACUCCCCUCCGCCGGACUUCCCCACCAUCGCCUCCUGCCGCGCCGCGGUCGCGGCCUCCAAGCGCCGCCGCCAGGCCUCUUCGCCCCCCGCCGAGGCGCGGCCGGAAGGGCCCGCGGACGCCGAGGCGCCGGUGCUGGUCAGGAUCAAGAGCGAGCGAGACCCGGUGCGGCUGUACGAGCUGUUCAAGGCCAAUGCGGACAACCGCGUGCUGGUCGAGAACCGGUUCGCGUUCGAGGACGCGGUGGCGCGUCUGGCAGGUGCUCGACGGAAUGACCUCGUGGAGGAGAUCCUCGAGCAGCACAAGGCGCUGCCCCAGGGAAGGCGGGAGGGGUUCGUCAUCAGGAUCAUUGGCCUGUACGGGAGGGCCCGGAUGCCGGAGCACGCGCUCCGGACCUUCAGGGAGAUGGAGAUGUACGGGUGCGAGCGCACGGUCAAGUCGCUCAAUGCCACGAUGAAGGUGCUGAUGCAAGCACGGCUCUUUGAUGAGGCCCUGCAGCUGUUGGACGAGGCAUCACCCACGUACGGGGUUGAGCUGGAUGACAUUUCGUAUAACACAGUGGUGAAGAUGGCGUGCGACAUGGGGGAGCUCCAUGCAGCGUACCGGGUAAUGCAGGAGAUGGAGAAGGAAGGAGUGCGGCCAGAUGUCAUCACAUACACAACACUGAUGGCUGCGUUCUAUAAGAAUGGCCACCGUGAGGUUGGGGAUGGCCUGUGGAACCUCAUGAGGUUGAGGGGUUGCAUGCCCACGCAAACCAGUUACAAUGUAAGGAUUCAGUUCCUGAUCAACAGGAGAAGGGGCUGGCAGGCAAAUGAUCUGGUGCGGAAAAUGUAUGCAGCGGGGAUAACACCGGAUGAGAUCACAUAUAACUUGGUUAUUAAGGGAUUUUUUGUGAUAGGUGAGCAUGAGAUGGCGAAGACGGUCUUUGGUGCAAUGCAUGGGAGGGGAUGCAAGCCAAAUGAAAGGAUUUACCAGACAAUGGUGCAUUACCUAUGUAAGCGAAGGGAGUUUAAUUUGGCAUUCAGAUUGUGCAAAGACAGCAUGGAGAAGAACUGGUUUCCAAGUGUCGAUACCAUUCACAAUCUGCUGAAAGGCCUUAUGGUAAUUAAAAAGGACAGGAAUGCCCGAGAGAUAAUGAAGUUGGUUGCUGAGAGAAAACCUUCCUUCUCAGUUGAUGACGUGAAGGCCUUCCAAGACAUAUUGUCUCAUGGGAAGACUGGAAGAUAAGUUGACUGCUGGACGAAAAGUUUUGCUGUAAAUGCACCACAUGUAACUCUGCCACUUUUUCCAUGCUUGAUUGGAAGGAGAAGGCAACAAAGAGAGUAAUGAAAGUGCAGAACAAUAGAAGUGGAGGGGAAUGGGAUCGCUUGGUCAUUCAAGCAGUAAUUGUUACCAGAACCAUUGUAAGUACAAUGUAGGAGAAAAUGGUACUAUUCGUAACUGAGCCGAUUUGAUAUUUUUUUUGUCACUGCACAUCCCAAAAAAAUGAUCAUCUUGACAUCCACUUCACAGAACUCAUUGUCUCUCAAUCAAACAAAGCAAAGUCAAUAGGGCUCCCUUGCCCUUCCUACGGCGAUCUUUCUGAUUCUUGUCAAUGUUAGAUCUUCCUUGUCCAAUAUGUCGUAAAUUGUAGCGGUUUCUUUAUUGCCAGCAUGUCUGCUGAGUUGCGCUUGAUCUUACAUAAAUAGAAGCAUAGUUCCUCUUGCUUGCUUAUUCUUAGUCUAGCAAUAACCGUUGAUCACCCAUAUUAAUGCACAUUUGGCUACCUAGAGCUGCAGUUUUUGCU